AUGGCAGGACCUGGGAAUUGGAGGGACAAGGAGGUGACAGAUUUGGGCAACUUACCGGACCCAACUGGAAUAUUCUCAUUGGAUAAAACCAUUGGUCUUGGUACUUAUGGAAGAAUCUAUUUGGGACUCCAUGAUAAGACUGGCUCUUUCACAACUGAUAAAGUAAUGAAUGCCUGGAAGACUCCUUUGCCUGAAAUAGGAAAGCAGGAGAGAGUGAAUAAAUACCAAAAAUCUGUUGGGUGGAGAUACAAUGAUGAAGAAGAGGAUCCCAGGACUGAACUCAAUCUGCUGAGGAAGUACUCUUUCCACAAAAACAUUGUGUCCUUCUAUGGUGCAUUUUUCAAGCUCAGUCCUCCUGGACAUAGGAGCCAACGUUGGAUGGUGAUGGAGUUAUGUACAGCAGGCUCAGUCACUGAUAUAGUGAGGAUGACAAGAAAUCAAAGUUUAAAAGAAGAUUGGAUUGCUUAUAUCUGUCGAGAAAUCAUUCAGGGCUUAGCUCACCUUCAUGCUCACCAAGUGAUUUACCCGGACAUCAAAGGUCAAAAUGUGCUGCUGACUCAUAACGCUGAAGUAAAGCUAGUGGAUUUUGGAGUGAGUGCCCAAGUAAGUGGAACAAAUGGAAGGAGAAAUAGCUUCAUUGGUACACCAUACUGGAUGGCCCCUGAGAUGAUUAAUUGUGAUGAGGACCCAAGACUCUCCUAUGGUUACAGAAGUGAUGUGUAUUCUGUGGGAAUUACUGCUAUUGAAAUGGCUGAAGGUGCUCCUUCUCUUUUUAACCUUCAGCCCCUGGAAGCCCUUUUUGUUAUUCUACAGGAAUCUGCUCCCACCAUCAAAUCCAGUGGAUGGUCCUGUAAGCUUCACAAUUUUAUGGAAAAAUGCAUGAUAAAAAAAUUUUUAUUCCGUCCUACAUCUAGAAGCAUGCUUCAUCACCCAUUUGUCCUUGAUAUAAAAAAUGAACAGCAUGUUGUGGAGUCAUUAAUAAAGCAUCUCACUGGGAUCAUUAAAAAGCGACAGAAAAAAGGUAACACACUUCCGAUCUUUGAAAGAGAAGCAGCUAUUAAGGAAUUGUACACCACAAGGAGAUUCCGAGGAACUUCUUGUGCUCAUGAACUUUUGAGUAUGCCAACCAGCAGCAGAUGCAGACCACUUAUAUUCCUGCAUGGAGAAGCACCUCAGCCAAGGUGGUUACCUGAUCAAGAAGAGCCAUAUGUCCAGCAACUGCAGGGGCCAGUCAGAGUGCCCAUGCCUCUACAUGCUCAGGACAAUACACCCAAGCCUUUGCAGAUACAGGCUCUGGCACCAGGGUGCCUGUAUGAGGUAGUUCAGGUAUUCAUGCCACUACAGAUGCAGGUUAAAGCUAAAGCGUCUACACUUCUACUCAUACAGAUUGAAGCACCUCUCCAACUUAGGAGAGCAGCUAGGGUGUUCAUGCCCCUACCUACUCAGGAAAAAGAACCAGAGGUACAGGCCACCAUACCCAAAGAACAGCAGGCCCAGCCUGCGGCCUUAGGAACAGAACAGCCUAAAGAUCUGGACCAGGUGCCAGAAGAAUUUCAGCAGCAAGAUAGGGCAUCUGAACAACAAAGGCAGGGCCAGGCUGCAGAACAACAGCAGAGGCAGAAUCCAGCUCCUGAGCAGCAUCAGGAGCAAAACAGGGCACCUGAGCAGCCUGAGGUGCAGGAACAGGCUGCUGAGCCUCCACAAGAUGAGAUUGAGGAUAAGGAACCUGAGUUAGUACAAGUACAUGCCCAGGUGGUCCUGCCUUUACUGUCCCAGAACCAUCACGUGCUCUUGCCACUUCAUUUAGAUACACAGCUGCUAAUUCCAUUGGGAGAACACAAUGAAGAGGCACCUCAAGCACAGGCCUGGGCUCUAGAAACCUCACAGGCAGUUGGUGCAAUUCAAGCACUGAUAGAGGGACUUUCAAGGGACUUGCUUCAAGCACCAAAUGCUUGUAUCUCGAAACCACUUGGUCCACUGCAAAUCUUGAUGGAAAAUUUGGCUUCAAAUGUAUUUUAUACUCAACCAGAACAGACACGGAAGAAAAAGUCAAGAGUUUCUAGUCUAAAGCAUGCACUGGCAAAAAGACUCUCACGCAAGAGGUUCAGGGCAAAGUCAUUCUGGAGAUGUGAAGACUUUGAACUCUCAGAUUUAGAAGCCUGCAGGAGAAGGCGCCAGCGUAGAUGGGAGGAUAUCUUUAAUCAACAUGAAGAGGAACUAAGACAAGUUCAAAAUAACAGAGAAGAUGACUCAUCAGAUAAUGAUGAAGUGUUUCACUCAAUUCAGGCUGAAGUCCAAAUAGAGCAAUACGCUCAAAAUCCUACAGGAAAUGAGGUCCAAGAGAGAUCUGCUCCCAUCCUUUGCAACCGGGAUCGUACUCAUCGUGUGAAAUUUUCUCCAAGUGUCUGUGAGCAGCCUGUUUUGGAAGAAGUUCAGCAGCCCAUGGAAAUUAGACAGGGGAGUUCUCUAAAUCCUCAGAAUGGACAAGCAGAAUCAGAAUCAUCUUCUGAAGAGGAGAGUCCUGUGACUAGGAGGAAGUCUCAGUCAUCACCGCCUUAUUCUACUAUUGAUCAGAACUUACUGAUUGAUAUCCACGUUCCAGACGGAUUUAAAGUGGGAAAGAUAUCACCCCCUGUAUACUUGACAAAUGACUGGGUAGGCUAUAAUGCACUCUCAGAAAUCUUCUGGGAUGAAUGGUUAAUUCCUGAACCUGUCAUUCAGCCACCUGAAGAAGAUGGUGAUUAUGUUGAACUGUAUGAUGCUGAUGCUAAUACAGAUGGUGAGGAAGAAGAUUCUAAUGAUGCUUAUGAAGAGAAUAGUGACCACGACAAUGAUGAGGAUGGCUUGAAUGACCAGGUUGAUGAGGCAAAUGCCCAUGAAGACCAUGUUGAUGGUGACUUCAAUGAUGGCUCUGUUCAUAACAUAGAUGAUAAUGCUGGUGCUGUUAACAAUGAUCCAAGGGCAGAAGAUUACAGAAGAGGAAUCUUGAAGCAAGCUGGUGGUGAUGAAUGUGAAUCUUUCAGAGACUGUAGAAAUGAUGGAGCCAAAAGUAACUGUGGAAACACUGCCAGUGGAACAAGUGCAGCCUUUGGAAACCAGGAAGGACAUGGAGCCAGUAUGGGCAAUCAAAGAGGUAACAGGGGAGUUAAUGGAAACAGCGAAGAGAAUGGAGCCUGUGGAUUCUAUAGAGAAGGAACCGACUCACAAAACAAUGGCCCGGGACUGGCUCAACAGGAUUUUGGUCAUGAGCAAGAGAAUGCAAUAAGGAAACCAAAUUUGAGGGAUAUCUCCAUUAUGGAAAUACUUGGCACAUUAGUGUAUAGACCAGUGAUUUGUCUCAAUACCUUUCCCUUUACAGUAUAUGCUGGAUUUGUUGAGGUGCCUGAAAACCCACCUCAGCUAGCAUCUGAAGUCAAUGUUAACCCACUCUAUGUCUCUCCAGCAUAUAACAAACCACUAAUCCACGUGUAUGAAAAGGAGUUCACUUCUGAGAUCUGCUGUGGUUCUUUAUGGGGAGUCAAUUUAUUGCUGGGCACCCGAACUAGUUUGUAUCUGAUGGACAGAAGUGGAAAGGCAGACAUCAUUAAACUUAUAAAACGAAGACCAUUCUGCCAGAUUCAAGUCGUGGAGGCACUCAAUUUGCUGAUAACCAUCUCUGGACACAAGAACAGACUUCGUGUGUAUCAUUUGACUUGGCUGAGGAACAAGAUUCUGAAUAAUGAUCCAGAAAGUAAGAAAAGGCAGAAAGAAAUGCUGAAGACUGAGGAAACCUGUAAAGCUAUUGAUAAGUUGACUGGCUGUGAGCACUUCAGUGUCCUUCAACACGAAGAAACAACAUAUAUUGCAGUUGCUUUGAAAUCAUCAAUUCACCUUUAUGCAUGGGCACCAAAGUCCUUUGAUGAAAGCACUGCUAUUAAAGUGAUAUGCAUUGAUCAGUCAGCAGACUCCAAAGGAGACUACAUGUCCUAUGAAGCUUACAUACGAAUAUUGGCAAAAAUACAGGCAGCUGAUCCAGCGAACCGGUUUAAGAGACCAGAUGAGCUCCUUCAUUUGCUGAAGCUCAAGGUGUUUCCAACUCUUGAUCUUAAGCCAGUGACAGUUGACCUGGCUGUUGGAUCUGAGAAAACACUGAAGAUUUUCUUCAGCUCAGCUAAUGGAUAUCAUAUCAUUGAUGCAGAAUCUGAAGUUAUGUCUGAUGUGGCCUUGCCAAAUAACUCCCUUGAAAUCAUUAUAUCACAGAAUCUCGUCAUUUUACCUGAUCGCUUGGGAAUUGGCGUGAUGCUCACCUUCAAUGCUGAAACUGCUUCUGAGGAAGCAAAUGAACAACUCUUGAGGAAGAUCCUUGACGUGUGGAAAGACAUACCAUCAUCUGUAGCUUUUGAGUGCACACAGAGAAUCACUGGAUGGGACCAAAAGGCUAUCGAAGUGCGCUCUCUGCAGUCAAGUAUUCUUGAAAAUGAGCUGAAGCGCAGGUCAAUCAAGAAACUGCGAUUUCUGUGUGGCCGUGGUGACAAGCUGUUUUUUGCUUCUAUACUGAACAAUCGCCACAGCCGGGUUUACUUUAUGACCCUUGGAAAACUUGAAGAGCUCAAAAGAAAUUAUGCUGUUUAA